ACCAUCGAGCAGAACACCACUCCACUACCUGUGUAACUUUGGGUAGGCCCCUUAACCUCUUGGUUUUUUAAGUCCUCAGUGGUAAAUAUGUGAGGGUUCUAUGAAUUUACAUUUGGGGCAGGACAAGGUCGAGAAGAGCUUGUCUUUGCUUUUAUUCUUCCCAACUGGAAUGUCUUCUCUCCUCUCCACGAGUCCAAAUCUCACGUGUCCUUCAAGCCCACCAGCCAGGAGCCUUCUCUGAUUUCCAGUUCACACAAAUCUCUGCCUCUCCAACUGUUGAAUACUUACGGUCAGUGCCAUACAACUUAGCUGUCUCUAAGUUAAUCUUGCCUCUCAAGCCCAUCUCAGAAUGUGGGUUUCUCUUGCCCUCCUGUGGUCCCUGGGGCUGUGCCCGCCCACAGGUAUGCUCCACAGGGAGUGGCUACUUGACUAGGGCAUGGAUGGGGAGGGUCAGGUGAGGGGGCCCAGGCAGGAUGCCUCUCUGCCUCCACCCUGCUGUCCUCCACAAAACCCCAGGAGCCUGAAGCCUGCUGCUCAAGUGACAGGUUCCUUAUGUGACCUCACUGGGUAGUGAUGACGUCACAGACCUCCAUUUCCAUGGCAGGGUAACCACGCAAACGUGGUGCUCUUAGGGAAACUUACCUACCAGUUCUCUACCAGAUACCAAUCUGUUAGGUUGCCUGAGAGAGAAUGUCUGAUCGGACCAUCUUUAUUAACUCUAACUUGUCCUCUGUCCCCUGGGAAUGCCACACAGCAGCAGCAGUGGCUCCCACCCCUCCUCCCACACCUUGUCUCUACCAUGUCGUCUACCGAGGGUGUGGAGAAACCCAGAUGUGCUGGCAUGGAGAGACAUACUGCCUGGUUGGUGGCUACCGGGCCUAUGGGGAUGCUCCUGUGGCCACCCCAGCAAAGGUGGAAGCAGAGAAGCCAGUCCCCAGGCGGGCGCCCAAGAAACGUCGAGCUAUGGCAGAGUCGGAUAAAGAACUCUGUUGCCCAAGCCCCCAAAAUUGGCGAUUACAGCAUGGUGGCAGGAGGCUGACCCCGCAGAAGCUUGCUGGGCGAGCCGCUGAGGAAGACCUGCUCUCGGGAACCAGAACAGGAUUAAGAGAUUCAAGCAGCAUCCCCGCUGAGGCUCACAUGCCCCUUUAUUCCCAGCCCUGUCUAGCCCCAUUGGGCUCCAUUACUGUUCAAUAA